CCGGACUCCCUCCCCAGCCAGCCCGUCCUCCCGGAGGAGAAGGCGCCGCGGAGACAGCCCGGGAGGGGGCCUACCUUCCCCAGGGCUGGCAUCAUGUCGGCAGCGCAGGUGUCCUCGUCCCGGAGACAAUCUUGCUACCUGUGCGACCUGCCCCGCAUGCCCUGGGCCAUGAUCUGGGACUUCUCGGAACCCGUGUGCCGCGGCUGCGUCAACUACGAGGGCGCCGAUCGCAUCGAGUUCGUGAUCGAGACAGCGCGGCAGCUCAAGCGGGCGCACGGCUGCUUCCAGGACGGCCGCUCCCCGGGGCCGCCGCCGCCCGUGGGGGUCAAGACGGUAGCCCUGUCCGCCAAGGAGGCGGCAGCGGCGGCGGCGGCGGCUGCUGCAGCGGCCGCGGCGCAGCAGCAGCAGCAGCAACAGCAGCAACCGCAGCCUCCGCAGCAGCUCAACCACGUCGACGGCUCCAGCAAACCCGCGGUGUUAGCGGCUCCCGCCGGCCUGGAGCGCUAUGGCCUGAGCGCGGCCGCUGCCGCCGCCGCCGCCGUCACGGUGGAGCAGCGCGGCCGCUUCGAGUACCCGCCGCCGCCGGUGAGCCUGGGAGGUGCCGGCCACGCCGCGCGGCUGCCCAACGGCCUCGGGGGCCCCAACGGCUUCCCCAAACCAGCACCGGAGGAGGGACCCCCGGAGUUGAACCGUCAGAGCCCCAACUCGUCGUCAGCGGCGGCGGCGUCGGUGGCGUCUCGGCGUGGGACGCACGGGGGGCUGGUGACUGGGCUACCCAACCCGGGGGGUGGCGGGGGACCCCAGAUCGCCGUGCCCCCCAACCUUCUGCCGCAGACGCUGCUUAACGGCCCCGCCAGCGCGGCUGUACUGCCCCCGCCCCCACCCCACGGGCUGGGAACUCGUGGGCCCCCCACGCCCGCGCCGCCGGGGGCACCUGGGGGCCCUGCCUGUCUCGGGGGCGCCCCGGGCUCUUCGGCCGCGGCGUCGUCUACCGCGUCUUCCACCUCCUCGUCGGUGGCAGAGGUGGGCGUGGGUGCUGGUGGCAAGAGGCCCGGGUCGGUGUCGAGCACCGACCAGGAGCGCGAACUGAAGGAGAAGCAGCGCAACGCGGAGGCCUUGGCCGAGCUGAGCGAGAGCCUGCGCAACCGCGCGGAGGAGUGGGCCAACAAGCCCAAGAUGGUCCGAGACACUCUGCUCACGCUGGCGGGCUGUACGCCCUACGAGGUGCGCUUUAAGAAGGACCAUUCGCUCCUAGGCCGUGUCUUCGCCUUCGAUGCUGUUUCCAAGCCUGGGAUGGACUACGAGUUGAAGCUGUUCAUUGAAUACCCCACCGGCUCAGGCAACGUGUACUCCAGCGCAUCCGGUGUGGCCAAGCAGAUGUAUCAGGACUGCAUGAAGGACUUCGGCCGGGGCCUGUCCUCCGGCUUCAAAUACCUGGAAUACGAGAAGAAGCACGGCUCCGGGGACUGGCGCCUGCUUGGGGACCUGCUGCCCGAGGCCGUGCGCUUCUUCAAGGAGGGUGUGCCCGGUGCAGACAUGCUGCCCCAGCCCUACCUGGAUGCCAGCUGCCCCAUGCUGCCCACGGCGCUGGUGAGUCUCAGCCGCGCCCCUAGUGCACCUCCAGGGACAGGGGCCCUGCCCCCAGCCGCGCCGUCGGGCCGGGGCACAGCCUCCAGCCUGCGCAAGAGGAAGGCAUCCCCUGAACCCCCGGACUCAGCCGAGAGUGCCCUGAAGCUGGGCGAGGAACAGCAGAGGCAGCAGUGGAUGGCAAACCAGAGCGAGGCACUGAAGCUCACCAUGUCUGCGGGGGGCUUUGCGGCGCCGGGGCAUGCGGCUGGGGGUCCGCCUCCACCGCCCCCACCCCUGGGACCCCAUUCUAACCGGACCACCCCUCCAGAGUCCGCCCCCCAGAACGGUCCGUCCCCUAUGGCUGCCCUCAUGUCGGUGGCAGACACUCUGGGCACGGCGCACUCGCCCAAGGACGGCAGUUCCGUGCACUCUACCACUGCGUCCGCGCGGCGAAACAGCAGCAGCCCAGUGUCGCCCGCCUCUGUGCCGGGGCAGCGCCGCUUGGCAUCACGUAAUGGGGACCUGAAUUUACAGGUGGCGCCCCCGCCGCCUAGCGCCCACCCGGGCAUGGACCAAGUGCACCCCCAAAACAUUCCGGAUUCCCCCAUGGCCAACAGCGGACCCCUCUGCUGUACCAUUUGCCACGAACGUUUGGAGGACACACAUUUUGUUCAGUGCCCAUCCGUCCCCAGCCAUAAAUUCUGCUUUCCUUGCUCUAGAGAGAGUAUCAAGGCCCAGGGGGCCACUGGUGAGGUGUAUUGCCCCAGCGGAGAGAAAUGCCCCUUAGUUGGGUCGAAUGUACCUUGGGCCUUCAUGCAGGGCGAAAUCGCGACUAUCUUAGCUGGGGAUGUUAAAGUGAAAAAGGAGAGAGACCCUUGAACCACAGGGCAGCCACCUCUUUUGCCCUAGACCAGCUCCUCUCCAAUCCAGAGGGCCCCUCCCCCCCACUCCACCUUCCCUUCCCACACCCCCAAGAUGUAGAAUUGUGAAUAUAACUGCAAAAAGUUAGUCUUAUGUAUAGACAUUAUUUUCGUCGUAUGUUUCUAUAUUUUGAAACAAAGGUAUGUAACUUCUUCAUUUGAAGGAUAAGCUGGUUUGUGUUAAGCAGUUUAAUAUUGGUUGGGUCAUUCGCAUCAUAUUCGUUAGCAUUUAUUUGGCGGCAGAAUGUUUGCCUAGGUACAAAAUUAAUAGCCCUUAGCAACGACUGCUGCUGGUGUGUAUUUUUGUAAAUGUUAUGCACUCUGAAAGGAAAAACACAAAAGAAAAAGACUUUUUUUUUUUUUUGCCAAGGCCAGUGUUGCUGCCUAAAAAAAAAAAAUAAUGAUGAUGCUAUAAAAUGGUGAAAGCGUCUUUUCUAAACAGCCCCAAGUGUUGAAGUCUUCACUUUAUUUUCUGUUCUGUUUUGUUUUGUUUUCUUGUUUUGUUUGCAAAAUGGUAAGGGGGGUGUUGGGGGGACGGGGUGUUUUUUGUUGCAAGUUUGUGAGGGGAAAUGUUUUGGUUUGUUUCUACUGACCUGAAUGUGUUGGAUCUUCAUGUGUUGUUUUGUUUCUGCUUUAUUGAUGCACGGAUGCUUUUGAACCGUAGAGCGAAAUGCUAGACAUGGAGAAUCUGCUCUGUUUGUCCUUUAUACAUUUCUGUAGUUAACAGAACACUGUAAUGUGCCUUGGAGCUUAGUAACUUGUAAUAAAUUCAAUUGAUAUUAA